GGAUCCCUAUUAGUAACCCAAUCUUUUCUUAGAAAAUAUAUUCUAUUACCUUCAUUGAUAAUAGCUAAAAAUAUAGCCCGUAUCUUAUUAUUUCAAUUUCCCGAGUGGUCCAAGGACUUAAAAGAUUGGAAUAGAGAAAUGCAUGUUAAAUGCACCUAUAAUGGUGUUCAAUUAUCAGAAACAGAAUUUCCAAAAAAUUGGCUGACAGACGGUAUUCAAAUAAAGAUCCUAUUUCCUUUUUGCCUUAAACCUUGGCACAGAUCUAAGGUGACACCCCCCCAGAAAGAUCCGCUGAGAAAUAAAGGACAAAAAAACGAUUUUUGUUUUUUAACAGUUUGGGGAAUGGAAACUGAACUUCCUUUUGGUUCUCCCAUAAAACAACGUUCAUUUUUUGAACCCAUUUUUAAAGAACUCAGAAAAAAAAUUAGAAAAUUGCAAAAGAAUUCUUUUUUAGUUAUACAGGUUUUAAAAGAAAAAAUAAAUUUUUUUUUUAACCUUUCAAAAGAAAGAAAAAAAUGGGUCAUGAAAAACAUUCUAUUUUUAAAAGUAAUAAUAAAAGAACUUUCCAAAAGAAACCCAAUUCCAUUAUUUGGAUUAAGAGAAAUAUAUAAAUUGAGUGAAACUAAAAAAGAAAAAGAUGGGAUAAUCGGUAAUGGGAUGAUUAAUGAAUCGUCCAUUCAAAUUCGAUUUAUGGAUUUGACAGAUUAUUCAUUGACAGAAAAAAAAAUGAAAGAUCUGGCUGAUAGAACCAGCACAAUCAGGAAUCAAAUAGAAAAAAUUAAAAAAGAUAAGAAGAAAGGAUUUUUAACUCCGGAAAUAAAUAGAAAUAUUAGUUCUAAUAAAAGAAGUUACCCUACUAAACUAUUAACAUCAAUAAAAAAUAUUUUGCAGAAAUUAAAAAGAAGAAAUGUUCGAUUAAUCCGUCAAUCAUAUUCUUUUUUCAAAUUUUUAGUUGAAAGGAUAUACAUAGAUAUACUUCUCCGUAUCAUUAAUAUUCCGAGGAUCACUACACAACUUUUUUUUGAUAAUUCAAAAAAAAUGAUCGAUAAAUACAUUUACAAUAAUGAAAAAAAUAAAGAAAAUAUUUUUAAAACAAAUAAAAAUAAAAUUCGUUUUAUUUGGACUAUAAAAAAAUCAAUUUCGGAUAUUAGUAAUCCAAAUUCAAAGAUUUUCUUAUACUCCUUCUCACAAGCAUAUGUAUUUUACCAAUUAUAUCAAACGCAAAUUCGUAACUUGUAUAAGUUAAGAUAUAUCCUUCAAUAUCACGGAACAUCUCAUUUUCUUAAAAAUGAAAUAAAGGAUUAUUUUGAAACACAAGGAAUUUUUCAUUCUGAAUUAAAACAUCAAAAUAUUUUGAAUUCGGGAAUGAUUCAAUGGAAAAACUGGUUAAGGGGUCAUUAUCAAUAUGAUUUAUCUACGAUUAGAUGGUAUCGAUUAGUACCACACAAAUGGCGAAAUAGAUUCAAUCAAACACGUAUAGUGCAAAAUAAAGAUUUAACCAAAAGGCAUUCCGAUGAAUUUGAAUCAAAUUCAUUACCAAAUUCAAAAUAUAACUUUCAAAAAUACUAUAGAUAUGACCUUUUCUCAUAUAAAUCGAUUAAUUACAACAAGAUAUAUAAAAAAGGUAAAUUAGUUGAUAUGCUAGGAGGUAUUAUCUCUAUUAAUUUAGAAGAUGAUGAUAUUAUGAAUCUGGAUAAAUUUACAUAUAGAAAAUAUUUUGAUUGGAGAAUUUUCGAUUUUUGUCUUAGAAAUAAAGUCGAUAUUGAGUCCUGGAUUGAUAUCGAUCCCAAUGGUAAUAAAAAUACUAAGACUGGGGUUAAUAAUUAUCAAAUAAUUGAUAAAAUAAUUAAUAAAAUGGAUCAAAAAGGUCUUUUUUAUCUUAAAAUUUCCCAAAAUGGAGGAAUUACGGCAUCCAACAAAAAAAAAGACCUUUUUGAUUGGAUGGGAAUGAAUGAAGAAAUACUAAGUCGUCCCAUAUCGAAUCUGAAACUUUGGUUCUUUCCAGAAUUUGUGCUGCUUUAUAAUACAUAUAUUAUGAAACCCUGGAUCAUACCAAUCCAAUUACUUCUUUUAAAUUUUAAUGAAAAUGUUACUGAAAAUAAAAACAUCACUCGAAAGAACAAAAGGGAUCUUUUUAUAUUUUCGAAUGAAAAAAAAUCGAUUGAAUUAGAGAAUAGAAAUCAAGAAGAAAAAGAAUCUGCAAGUCGAGAUAAUCUUGAAUCAGAUGCACAAAAUCAAGCGAAUCUUGGAUCACUUCUCUCAAACCAAGAAAAAGAUAUUGAAGAAGAUUAUGCAAGUUCAGAUAUGAAAAAACGUAGAAAGAAAAAGCAAUAUAAGAGCAACACGGAAGCAGAGCUUGAUUUUUUCCUAAAAAGGUAUUUACGUUUUCAAUUGAGAUGGGAUGAUUCUUUAAAUCAAAGAAUGAUCAAUAAUAUCAAAGUAUAUUGUCUCCUACUUAGACUGAUAAAUCCAAGAGAAAUUGCUAUAUCCUCUAUUCAAAGGGGAGAAAUGAGUUUAGAUAUUCUGAUGAUUCAAAAGGAUUUAACUCUUAUAGAAUUAAUGAAAAAGGGUAUAUUAAUUAUCGAACCAGUUCGUUUGUCUAUCAAAAAUGACGGACAAUUUAUUAUAUAUCAAAGUCUAAAUAUUUCAUUGGUUAAUAAGAGUAAGCCCAAAAUUAAUCAAAGAUACCGAAAAAAAAGCUAUGUUGCUAAGAUUAAUUUGGAUAAAUCCAUUGCAAGACAUCAAAGAAUGGCUGAAAAUAGAUACAAAAAUCAUUAUGAUUUGUUGUUUGUUCCCGAAAAAGUUUUAUCCGCUAAAGGACGUAGAGAACUAAGAAUUCUAAUUUGUUUCAAUUCGAGGAAGAGAAAUGGUAUUCAUAAAAAUCCAGUAUUUUGCAACAACGUAAAAAAGGGUGGUGAAUUUUUGGAUAAAAGCAAACAUUUUGAUAAAAAGAAACUAAUUAAAUUAAAGUUCUUUCUUUGUCCUAAUUAUCGAUUAGAAGAUUUAUCUUGUAUGAAUCGAUAUUGGUUUGAUACCAAUAAUGGGAGUCGCUUCACUAUGAUAAGGAUACAUAUGUAUCCACGAUUGCAAAUUUGUUAAUUAUGCGUCUUUCAUAUAUAUUCUGUACCAUAUAUGUAUGGUAUAUGAAACAAAAACUUGCACCCCGUGUAUUGUCUUCCCUUCUAGUCUGAUACAUGAAUACUAAUUCAAUGCAUGUAUCAAUAUCCAAUAGAUCUAUAAAUUAUUACCGGAAUCUUCUUAUUUUUUAUUAUUAGAUUAGACCCAAAAAUUUUUCUCUUUUCUAAAUGUAGAAACAUAUCAUCCUUUCCUAUACGAAUUUUCAUAUUCGUAUUCCUAUAAGAAUAAAAUUUAAAAUCAAAUUGGAUUGAUUAAUUUUAUUUGAUAAAAUUGGGAGUUCAUAAAGAAAUUAAGAUUAUUGUGUAUACCAAAUUAAAAUGACUAGCAUUAUUCUUACUGAUCAGUAAAAUCCAUUAAAAAAAAGAGGAUAGAAAAUCCGUUUUAUGGUAAAAAAUUCAUUCAUUUCAGUUUUUUCACAAGAAGAAAAAGAAGAAAACAGGGGGUCCGUUGAAUUUCAAGUAUUUCGUUUCACCAAUAAGAUACGAAGACUUACUUCCCAUUUGGAAUUGCACAGAAAAGAUUAUUUAUCUCAGAGAGGUCUACGUAAAAUCCUGGGAAAACGCCAACGACUGCUGUCUUAUUUGUCAAAGAAAAAUAGAAUACGUUAUAAAGAAUUAAUUAGUCGGCUGGAUAUUCGGGAAUUAAAAACUCGUUAAUUGAAAAAGGAAUUUGAAUUAUUUGAUUUUUUUUAUUAGAUCUUGAAUUUUAAUGAACUUCUUUUCAUUUUCAGCAAUUCAUGAAAGAAUGAAUCGAGGAAUAACCUAUGAAUGUAACAACUACAAGAAAAGACCUCAUGAUAGUCAAUAUGGGACCUCACCACCCAUCAAUGCAUGGUGUUCUUCGGCUCAUCCUUACUCUAGAUGGUGAAGAUGUUAUUGAUUGUGAACCAAUAUUGGGUUAUUUACACCGAGGAAUGGAAAAAAUUGCGGAAAAUCGAA